AUGGAGUCUAUUGUUAAUGGUGCAACAAUCAGCCCAUGCCGAUGCCGGUCUUGCCCCGCGACAGCCCAUGCGUGCAAAUUGACAGGUGGUAGGCAAUGGUUAAGACCGUACGUAGAUGGCGAUGUUCAGGUAAUGGCAAAAUGUCCCUUCGACGAAAAGCUUCCUGCUCACGAAACGGCAAGCGAACGCUAUCAUCGAUCAUUCAAUCAUUCAUUCACCAUGACCAAGAUUGUCCACGAUGAUUUCCACGUCGCCAUCGUCGGUGCUGGCAUCGGUGGUCUUGCGCUGGCGAUGGCUUUGCACAAUAAGGGCGUCUCCUUUACGCUGUACGAGGAAGCAAAGGAGUACUCUGUAGUAGGCGCCGGGAUUGGAUUUGCCCCUAAUGGCAUGCGCACCAUGGAUCUCAUUGAACCUGGUUUCCGUCCCCUCUAUGAAAAGGUCUGCGUCGGUAAUAAAGGCGAAGACGCCCAGCAUAUAUUCUUUGAGGGCAUGCUUCUUGAAGAGGGUUUCGGUCGCGGCCAGCCGUGGCAUGGCAAGUCUGGAUGGGGCCACCCUAACUACAUUCGCAAAUCCGCACACCGGAAAACGCUGCUUGACAUUAUGACAAGCUUCAUCCCGAUUGAAAAAGUCAAAUUCAAUAAGCGCCUGACGAAUGUCGAACAGCUACCAGCCGGUGUCACCCUCACGUUCUCCGAUGGCACGACCGCCGAGGCCAGUAUACUUGCCGGCGCUGAUGGUAUCAAGAGCACGGUGAGAGAGCAUGUGCUGAAGGAUCUAUACCCCAGCCAAGUUGCGCCUGUAUAUGCAGGUGCUUACUGCUAUCGAGCCGUCAUCCCCAUGUCCGAAGCCUACGAGAUCCUUGGCGAUCUCACAGAUGUUGCCAAGUUCUAUUUCGGAUACAAGCGUAGCGCCGUUACCUACCGCAUAAGUGGCGGUGAUGAAUUCAACUUUCUCCUCUGCGUCGCUGGUUCCGACGACGCAUGGAAACUGAAGGACGCGGUCACAGAGAGGGUCACACAUGAGGCCAUGAUGGCUGAUUUCGACGGCCCUGGGGUCGACGAUAGCUUUCGACAACUCCUCCGAAUGGCCAAGCCGGUGAAAUGGGGGUUCUUCCACCAUCUGCACACGGCGACAUACUUUCGCGAUCGUGUGGUCCUGGUCGGGGAUAGCGCUCAUGCGUCUCUGCCCUUCCAGGCGGCUGGCGCGGCGCAGGGCUUGGAAGAUGCCUUGGUGUUGUCAAACGUGCUCGCACAGCUAGCCAAGCUCCAGGAGCGUGGCGCAAGCCAGCUGCCAGCAAUCCGUGCAGGCCUGACGGCGUACGACUCCGUGCGGCGUCCACGUGCCCAGAAGCAGCUCGAGCAGGCUGCCGAGGUAGGCCGCAUGAUCUUCUUCCAGCACGAGGAAGCGGGCUCCGACAUGGAAGAGAUUCUUCCCCGACUGCAGCAAGGUCGAUUCAACUGGCUGUGGUUCCAUGAUAUGAACGACGACGUGGAGAAGGCGCUUAGCAGGAUGCUGAAACAGAUCAGUAGUUGGUCCCAUGGGGCGAGGAUCUGA